AUGAGAGACACCAUGGAUUACGAAACGAAACACGAUGAUGGCGACAAGACGUAUUCCGGAUUACAUCCGUCGAUGUCCGUUGAAGAAGGUCAAGUCGAUCAUGGAGAGACAACAAAUGAUGGUCUCCAUCGCACGCUCAGUCCACGUAUGAUCCAUGUCAUCUCUCUCGGAUCCAGCAUUGGCAGUGGUCUCUUCAUCACCACGGGUAAAUCCCUAGCCCAAGGAGGUCCGGCUAAUAUGUUUCUGGCGUAUCUUGUGGUUUGUGUCGGCGUAUGGGCGAAUCUGCAAACCUUGACGGAGAUGACGAUUGCUUUCCCGACAUCAGGUAAUUAUAUCGAUUAUGCGGAUCGGUGGGUUGAUCCAGCAUUAGCCUUUGGGGCUGGAUUUGCGGAAUGGCUUGGGUGGACGUCGGUAUUUGCAUCCGAAGCCAUGUUUGUAGUUACCCUGGUGAAUUAUUGGGCGGACGGGGUUGUGCCCGAGGCUGCUUUGCCCAUCUCUCUAGCUGUGAUCGCAGGCGCGGGUCCGUCCGGAUAUGUUCGACAUGGAAGCACCUGGACUGAUUUGCCUAUGUUCAAAAAUGGCUUUGGGGGCUUCUCCACCGCUGCAUUACUUGCCAUCUGGGCCGUGGGAGACCAGGUCUUUAUUGGCGUGAUGGCCGGCGAGGCCGAAUCUCCCCACUAUUCCAUGGCACGCUCGGCCAAUUUUGUUCCUUGGCGCGUGGGGAUUUUCUACCUUGUCUCGGUGGUAUUAAUCUCACUUGUAGUGGACUCUGAUGAUUCCCGGUUAAUGAAUGGCUCGAGCGUGGUCUCCUCGCCUUUCGUCAUAGCGGCCCAAGAUGCGGGUAUCUCGGGGGUCCCGGACUUAAUCAAUGCCUGCAUAAUACUCGGCAUUCUUGCCCUUGCUCUAGAGUGCAUAUACCUCCCAUCACGAAUCUUACGCACUAUGUCGCUGCAGGGCUUGUUGCCAGUCUUCAUUGCGAGAGUGGACAAAAUAGGCCGUCCGAGAUGGGCGCUCACAUUCACGGCCGUUGCAGGUACGGUGUUGACAUAUCUGAGCUUGAGCGCCGACGGCACCGAGGUUCUUAACUGGUUUAUCUCGAUCACCAGCGCGUCCUUCUUCACCAACUGGGCGAUCAUCGCCUUUUCCUCCUUCCGCUUCCGGGCGGCGAUUAAAGCGCAAAGAAGCCAAUUAUUUGAAACCCCUUAUGCAUGGCGGUCUCUUUAUUGGCCUCUGGCGCCAGUCAUUAGUCUUUUCGUUUCGGCGUUGCUACUAGUUUGCCUUCUUUACACCAGCAUCAAGCCAGUAGGUGGGGGUGCUUUUACAGCAUAUAACUUCUUUUCAGCGACGAUUGGUCUGAUCGUUAUUAUGGUGUUCACCAUUGGUUACAAGAUUGUGCAUAAAACGCCAUGGAGGGAUCCGGCAACUGCAGAUCUUAUCACGGGGCAUCGGGAGCUGACUGCUGCGGAGUUGCGGUUUCUGGAUGCAUAUUACGAGCGACCGCUGUGGUGGAGAUUGGGGACAUAUCUACGAAUAUGUUGA